AAAAGUAAAUAUGGCUGACAAAACAAUUCGUGAAAUGGCUUUUUUGUUGUCAUUUUUUAUGUGAAAAUGCUUUAAACGUACUUUAAACUUAAAAGCUAAUGACGUUUCUUUCAUAAACUGAACAAAAUCAACGCUUCAGUGUCGCUAGUUAUUUUUUGUAUGGACAAAGUGAUUUCAAUAAACUUCAACCAGGAUCAAAGUUGUUUUGCCAGUGCAAUGCAAAAUGGUUUCAAGAUUUAUAAUGCAGUUCCUCUUACCGAAAAAUUAAGCAAAGAUGGUAUCGGAGUUGUUUCCAAAGUGGAAAUGCUGUACAGAAGUAAUCUGAUUGCAAUAAUAAAGAAUGGAACGGAAACCUUUUCAAAAAAUAAAGUGCUCAUAUGGGAUGAUAAACUCUGUAAAUUUGUUUUGGAGUUCAAAUUCAACACUCCUGUUUUGAGUGUGAGACUGCGAAAAGAUAUGAUACUCUUUGUUUUACGAACAAGAAUUUACGUUUGCUCAUUUCCAAACAAUCCAAAAGAAAUCAUGUAUUUUGAAACCAGAGAAAACCCCAAAGGAUUAUGUGAGGUUUGUCCAAACGAAGAAAGCUCUUUGGUUGUUUUUCCUGCAAAGAAAUGUGGUGCAAUUGAAGUCAGUGAUUUAUCAUCAGUUCAACCUGGUAUUUCUUCAUCACCAGUUACAAUAACUGCCCACCAGGGAGAAAUUGCAUGUAUUGCAUUGAAUCAGCUAGGAGAAAUGGCAGCUACUGCUUCAGACAAGGGCACAUUAAUACGAGUAUUUAAUCUGUCAAAGAAACAAUUGGUAGUGGAACUUAGACGUGGAGCUGAUCAUGCUACUCUAUACAGCAUCAACUUUAGUGACGAUUCAUCGUAUCUUUGUGCCUCAAGUGAUAAAGGAACUGUACAUAUUUUUGCAUUAAAAGACACCUCUUUAAACAAACGAUCAACGUUGUCGAAAAUGGCGUUUCUUGGUCAAUACGUUGAAUCACAAUGGGCUUUGGCAAACUUCACCAUUCCUUCAGAAUGUCCUUGUAUUUGUGCGUUUGGCCCUUUUCCAAAUUCCGUGAUUGCUAUCUGCAUUGAUGGCACGUUUCAUAAAUACAUAUUUACACCCGAUGGAAACUGCAGCAGAGAAGCUUUUGACAUAUUUUUAGAAGUAACGAGAGACGAUUUCUAAUUUGUCCUCUGACGCGUUUAAUGUAAAUUGUAAGAUAAAUAAUUGUAAUUGUAAAUUAUCAACGACUAUUUUCUGUGUAUUGCAA